AUGGUCAUGGCAGACGAAUAUUUCGACUGUAAAUCGUCUAAAUGGGAUAUCAUAGAUUUUUUGAACGAGUCUGACAGAGAGUCAUUUGAUUUAAAGAUAGAUUCUUAUAUCAAAGCUCUCGAAAACAUCUUUGACAAUGAGAAAGGGCCACGGAAGGAGAGAGCACGAGUGCUUCUUGACAAUUAUAGAAAGGCAAGCUGUUGGCUGAGCCACAAAACCAGUGCUAGGACACAGGGUGACUGUAAACGAGCUAAGGAUUGGGAAACAGAGCGUAAAUCAGGCAAAAUGAGUGGUGGACCCUUAAUCAACAUUCAGAAUUCGACAGUUUCAGGAAGUGGAACUAUCUAUGGUGGGACUACCAAUGCUGAAACUUCAAAUAUAGAUAUGUCUAAAAAAAGAUAUUACGAAAAGGAAAAGGGCGAGCGUAAAAGUUCGAACAAAAAGGACGAAAACAGACUCGAAUAUCACGAAAACAUGAAAAAUAACCACGUUAAUGAGGAACCUACCGUUACCUUAGAACCUUUUGUUCCCGAAGAAGAGUUAGAGGAGAAUCUCCUACAAGAAAAUCCUGGUGCAACUGUCGAUUUCAAACUCAUUAUAGAUAACAUCUGUAUCCGGUCAGAAAUGGAGAAAUGGCGUCAAACAUCAAAAUACAUUGAAGAGAUUCAUAAACAGGACUUAUUGCGCUAUAACAUUAUCGAUACAAUCAGUUCAUCCGGGACAAAAGCACGAGGGCUCUUUAAACAUCAAUGGGACGAUAUAAUUAGCAAUAUAGAGAAGUUUUUAGUGUCUCCAGAGACAACUCCGCUAUCUUCAGAUUUUGACUCCGUUUCAGAUUCAGAUAAUCAAGACAUGGAACAAGAUGGGCGAGCGAGUAACAUCAGUCAAUACUUAACAAAAAUAUUGAAAAAUGUAAACACCGCAAAAAGAUUAUGCGAUGCGAUAAUGACAGAACGUAAAAAUUUACGCGCAGAGGGAAAUACGAAAUGGAAGAAGAGGUCUCUGGAGUUGGUGAAAAUAUUCCGGGAACAGUUCCCAAAUGGCAGAAAUCUCUUCAAAGAAGAACAAACCGAAUACGAUUAUAUUAUCAGGUUUGUCUCUCGCGUCUAUAUAAUGUUGUUCAAAGAUAGAACACUUUUGAAAUGUAACUGGGGUGAAAAGACCUUGCGUUGUUCCGCAAUUCUGCUCAACCGUUCAUUAAAAGAUGAUAAUAGGAGGUGUUCCGGGAAUAAAAUAGAUGCAAUUAUGUCAAUUUUGGAUAUUGGAUUAGAAUUCUCGACCUUGGAAGUCUCUGGAAGUCCAUCAAAACUUGAUCAUACCCACUACGCUGGGGAUCGGAAUAAAACAGCGAAGAUGCUCAAAAUCAUCUUGAAUUAUAUAUACAUCAAAUACCCAGGCGACUUCGAAAAAUUUAGGAAGAUAAAAGUGUACGGUGUACAAAUAUACGAAGAUGUUCUCCUAUCCAACAAUUACAUUCUUAGUUUUCAAAGAGUUUCCAAUUUUCGCUUCAAAUCUAUGGAUGUUGCGGGCUUGAUAACUUCAAGUUUUAAUAGUAUAAUGACGUACAUUACAAGUAAUCCUUUGCAAAUUGAUAAUGAUAAUACCAUGAUUGCAAAUGUAGAAGUCUCACCUCCUCAAAAGAAGAAUUAUAAUUAA